UGCCGCUCGAGGACUUUUAUUUUCAAAUAUAUACUGUACAAAGUUAUUAUAUAUUUAUUUCUUACAAAAUUUGAUUAGCAAAACAACGAAGAAAUGAUAACUUCUUGUAAUAGAGUCAUUUUCGUGUGAAAUGUAUUAUUUGAAUUUAAUAUCGAUAGUAAGUUUAAUAGGACGAAAAUGGAACUACCUGCUUACGUCAAUAGCUAAUUAUAAUACACGUACUAUUAAUUUAAUAUUCUAGUACUGUCAUUCUGUAUACUUCAAGCGAUUAAGUUAUUAAAAUUCCUGACAUAAAAAUUAAAAUGAAAGACGGCAGCAGAUUGCUAUCAAUUCUUUUGAAAGUUUCGGAAAAAGCAGCAAACAUUGCAAGAGCCUGUAGACAGAACGAUGCUCUGUUUAAAUUACUUGUGCAAGAAAAAUCAGAGGAGGAGAAGAAUCCACGCUUUUUUCAAGAUUUCAAGACACUGGCAGAUGUUCUUAUACAAGAAACAAUUAGACAUGACUUAGAAAUUGAAUUUCCAGAAUUGGCAAAGGUAGUACAGGGUGAAGAAAAUAACACAUUUAGCAAUGCCAUGGGUGAAUCUAUAGUGGUAGAAGUUUGCUCUACCAUUGAAGAAACAACUCAGUUGUUAGCCAAAGUGAUGGGCAGUGAUACUGCAACUGCUGAAUUAUUAGCAACCGAAGUUCACAAAGAUGUUCAAUUCCUAGAUGUUCCAGUGGCUGCAGAACUGCCUCUGGAUUUUGAUAUUAAUAUUUCUGAUCUUGGAAUAUGGAUAGAUCCAAUUGAUUCAACAGCAGAUUAUAUAAAUGGAGGUGAAAAGGUGGAUGAUGUCACUGGCAUGCACUUGAGUGGUUUAAGGUGUGUUACUGUCUUGAUUGGGGCAUAUUUGAAGAGCACAGGCAUACCAGUUGUUGGGGUAGUUAAUCAACCUUUUUAUACAAAUGAGAAUUUAUCAUGGAAAGGCAACUGUUAUUGGGGACUUGUGGAAAAUGAUACUGGAAAAUGUUCCAUAAAUGAAGAACCUAAUGAUAAAAUGAUAGCUGUUAUUAGUAGAGUAGAAGAUGUUAAUAUAAAAUCUAAACUAUUAAAUGCUGGGUUCACAUUAGUAGAAGCUACAGGAGCUGGUUAUAAAAUUUUAAGUGUUGCUCUUGGACAAGCUGAUGUUUACAUUUUAUCAAAAAGUUCUACAUACAAGUGGGAUACUUGUGGUCCUCAUGCCCUUUUACGUUCUUUACAUGGGGGCAUCAUUGAAUUCCAGACAUUUAUAGAUAAUUCUGAUUUAAACUAUACGGAUAUAAAAUAUAUAUCUACAACUAAUAAUUCGUCAAAUAGCUCUGGUUUGAUAGCUUAUCGGAAGUUUGAAAGCUUGCAAACUUUAAAAUCUAUUUUAUGCAAAUAG